UAACAGGAAGUAAACAAACAGCAUGGCGAAAGAGGCGGAGGGGCGCGUGUCGGCUGUUCGAGUCAGCCAGCUGGAUUCACAUGAACUUGACCAAGAAUCCUUCCAGCUGAUGAAAACCCAACUGAACAAGGUGUUUAAAUAUCACCAGUCAAAUUUCCUAACAAAGUUUGACCCCGAAGUGACAGCUGCCUUGAAGUUGAUCCUAUGGAAGUUUUCUGUCUUUGCAACGGGUACAACGAUUGGUCAGAGAAUUUUGAAUAUUCGCUAUGGCAACACACAUGGAUCAGCAUCGAGUCUGUGGAUUGGUCCAUACAAGAAAAUCCUUUAUGCAGCACUUCUGAUUGGCUGCCCAUGGUUGAAAGAACGGUCAGGUGACCUGAUAAGAUUAACAAAGCUGACGGUGUGGAGAGAUGUGAUCGAGAAGGCUCUUAGAUGGACUGAAAGUGGCCUGAAGGUAGCAGCACUGUUGAACUUCCUGUUGUUUCUAAGACAUGGCGGGUACCAGUUAAUAGUGGAGCGACUUCUUGGAAUCCAGUCUAUGCACUCAGAAAGGCAAAGAUUAAGACAGCUUGGUUUUGAGUACCUGACCCGGGAACUUCUUUGGCACGGAUUUUCUGAAUUCCUGCUGUUUAUUCUGCCGCUUGUUAAUGUACAACAGAUGAAGAAUGUUUUCCUUCGCUGGACUGUUGGUAGAUCUCAUCAGGCACCAGUCCUGUCACAGAGGUCAGCAGUUGACCUGACAACGUGCGCGGUGUGUGGAGAUUGGCCGGUCACGCCCCAGCACAUCGGCUGUCCACAUGUGUUCUGUUAUUACUGUAUUCAGAGUAAUUUCAAGUGUGACUCCAGCUUCGUCUGUCCUCAGUGUGGUCAUGGAAUCCCAGGACCAGGCACCAUUGACAGAGUCCUUGUGACACUCAACACAUCAAGAUAGCAACCUUAACACAUCAAGAUAGCAUACUCAACACAUCGAGAUAGCAUCCUCAACACAUCGAUAUAACAUCCUCAACACGGCCAAAUAGCAUCAACUAGGGGUGCAACGAUACGGUCAAAACCGUAUUGCGAUAUAUUGCGAUAUAAGAAACCGUAUUGCAAUAUGUAUUGCAAUAUAGUUGAUAUUAUUUAAAUUUAAUAUUUAUGGGUUUUUUUUUUUAAAUGAAAGCAGAAUGCAUAAACUUAUUAAUGAUCUUUAUUAGUUUGAGCUGUCAGGCUAAACCCAUCAUCACAAACAUGAAACACGUCGGCGUUUCUUUGAUGGUCAAUUGCUAAAUAAUUGUUGCACGCGUUUUUCGUGAAUAAAACUUAACAUAGCUAGUUUAAGUUAAAUAAGUAAUACUAAGUAUAUAAAUCGAAAUAUUUGUAAUAUUGAUUCCAUCAUAGACCUAAAUGAUUAUAUAAACCACGACAUUUAUUAGUAGCAUAAUGUUCUUCUUGGUCAUUUUAAUUUUUUAACAAAAUAGUAGUCUACUAGAACACCGGUAUGACGGUGUCAAACUCUUUUUAAAUUGUCACAUUUGGAAAUCCUUGCUAUCGGGCUUUUCCGUUGCUGCUCGCUUGACACAGAAAUGUACAUAUUGAAUCGCAAUAUUUCGGCAGAUCGACCGAACCAGAGGUUAUUGGUCGAGGUGUUUUGAACGAUCGGCCGAAGUAUUCUGAGUUCAGGGAAAAACAGCUAAGUGCGAUUCUCACUUAUUGGUUUAUUUCUUUGAAUAUGAUAGCCGUAGCCGUAUUCCAUUGUGAAUGAACAAUGAAUGAUAAUGUGUAAGUAACAAAACAUUUAUUUGUAAUUAUCGUUAACUGGUUAUUUUUAUUGGACUUUUAACAUGUUUUGUUUAGAAGUUAGAACCAAGUAUAACCAACCUAUCACUUCGUAUGCCAAUAAGUAAGCCGACGACGCUUGACAUGGUUGUUACAUUUCCUGUCAUCACCAAUUAAUAAAAUGAUGGGUGUU